AUGGCCUGCGUCACGAAGCUGCCCGACCCCGAGAAGAUCAUCGUUAGUGAAGCGAGCGCGCUCCAGCGGGCCGCGGCGCUCGACGAGUACGGUGAGGACGUUGCCAGCUACUCCAAGCGCCUCGACGAGAAGCCCGCGGACUGCGCGACGCUCUGCAACCGGGCCUUUUGUUAUGUCAAGCUCGGGAAGUUCGAGGACGCGCGCAGGGACGCCGAGGCCUGCAUCGCGGCGGACGAAUCGUUCGCGCGCGGGCACACGCGCCUCGCGCAAGCGCUGGAGCGGAGCGACCGGCCGGCGGCGCUGCGAGCCUGCCGCCGGGCGCUUAGUCUAGAUCGCGACGACGCCAUGGCGCUGAAGCUGCUGACGACCCUGGAUCUGGACGUCGCCGCCGGCUUGCGAGUCAAGAAGCGCCUCGCGGACGCGGUCGAGGACCGGCGCGACGCCGUGCGCGGCGCCCUGUCCAAGGGCGAGGCGGCGCCCUUCUGCAAGAAGUGGGCCAAAUUGGAUGAGAAGAGCCGGAAGCAAUUGGUGGAAAGGAUGCUCACGCGGGCCUUCAACGAAAUAAAAGGCUGCUUCCAGGAGGCCUUCUGCCCCGCCCAGGGCGACGUCUGCGAGACGGCCGACGACCUGCCCAAGACCAAGCAGGUCGAGGUCAUGCGCGAGCUGCUGGCCGUCUAUGCGGUAUGUACUGCGGAUUUGACGCACGACGACGUGCUGCGAUUGAGCGCGCCGCGGCGCGUGCCCGUGGACACGCGCGACCCGUCGAAGGAGGACGACGACGACGUGGACGAGGACGGCGAGCCGGCGAUGAUGCGCGUGAUUAGGGACGCGGCGCGGGGCAAAGAAGUGGAAGUCCAGGGCUGCGGGCCGGUGAUGCGUCGGCUCAUGGAACUCUACCGCUUCCGGCCCUUCGCGGGGCACCCGCGCCAGGCGGACCUGAGCCUGGGUCUGAUCGAGGCGCAGCGGUCGACGCUGUGCUUGGUCGUGGCGCACAUGCUGUUGGGGGGCGACGGCCUGCCGACGCUGUCGAUCCCGACGAAGGCCUUCCUCGACGAGGAAGGCUUGGCCGAGCUCGAGAAGGAAAUGAACCCGCCCGCGCCGGUCAAGGACGUCGUCGCGAAGAAGAAGGGCGCGGCGAAGCCGCCGGCGCCGCCGAAGGCGGCGGAGGAGGACCUGGACGCCGUCGAGGCGGGCACGGACGGCCACAUCGUGACGCCGGUCGACGACGGUGGCCCGGGCGACGGCUGGGCGCAGGCGGAGGCCGCGGAGCCCGUCGAGAAGCCCUUGACCAAGGACGCCGACGAGCUCGCCGAGUUCGAGAAGUGGGCCGCCGGCGACGAGGGUGCGUUCGAUCCAAACCAGUACAAGGACGCGCCGCCCACGAACGACGAGGACUACAGCGACGACGACGAGUUCUUCGAGGAGGAGGACGCGCGGCGGCGCGUCGGCCCCGCGCGCAAGGGCGCCGACCCGACGGCGCCCGCCGCGACGCGGCGCCCGAACCGUCUGUCCACGUCGGCCGCGGACGCAGACGAGGCCUUCCGAGUCGCGGCGGCGAUUGCUGAGCAGCGAAACCACUCGGACUCGAGCGACGGCGAGACGGUCAGCGACUCGGAGGCGUCCCAGUAG